AUGCGCUGGAUUCGCAUCAGAAGGUACUGCACUUGCCUGGCGGCAUUGCUUGGCCUCACUUCGGCCACCCUUCCGACUGCUCCGACUGCCCCGGCUUCAGCUUCUUCAGCAGCUUCCGCGCCUUCACGGGGGCUGCAGAUCUUCGAUCCAUUUGUAACGUCCACACUUCCAGUAGGGACUGGCAUCAGUGUUCAACUUCCAGGAAGUAAAACAGCUUCUGGAGUUGACAGUGGCCAGCUAGACCUGCUGGUGGGCGAAGUUCUCUUGGGUAUCUCGUUGAGCCUUCCUCAAGGAUAUUUCUUUAAUGUUGAUCAAGCGCGUGUGCGCAUUGUUUUUGCUUAUCUCACCCAGUCAGAAGCUCGAAGUGGUGAAUGUGCGCCCGAUCAACUCGGACCUGUGAGCAAUCAGGUGGUGCAAUCUCCGCUUUCAGCACGCUUCGGCGCAGCUGCAGAACAAGCACUUGGAACUACCACAGUAAAUGUGAACCUGGCAGAUGGUGUCACAUUCAUCAAAGGAGGAGACUAUCGUCUUUGCUUUAGUGAUGAUGGAUCCUUCGCAGCAGGUCAUGCCGAUCUGUUGAAUGUUCUCAUUCGAGUUGACGCCUUUGUGACAACUCGUCUUCCAGCUGGUAGCGGUGUUACCUUCGUCUUCAGCGACGGUGAGGAACAAAGUGCCAAUGAUGGAGAGAAUAUCACAGUGAGCGCUGGCGAGCCAAUUGUCCGCAUCUCUUUGCAGCUACCGGUACUUUCCAUUUUUGAUGCCAGCAAUGUUCGGCUGAAAGCCAUCAAUGCUUCAGUUACCAGACAGGAGGUUUUGGACGGAGCCUGUGCUCCCGGGACUUUAUUGGAGCUCAAUACGCAGGUGUUGGACUCACCACUCUCUGAUUCCUUUGGUGUUGAAACCCUUCACUCCAAGGGUACAUAUGUGGCCAACACUUCAUGGGCACUGCCUGUUCGCUUUAACUCUGCGGGACGAGUUCGGCUGUGCUACUCGGAUGAUGGCAGUUUUUCGACUGGCCAUGUGGAUCUCAUCAGCGUGGUCGUCACAGCGGAAGGGAUUUUCAGUUGCGAGGAAGUCGGCUGUUUGGCAGCGCGCACCUUCCGCUGCCAUGCUUUGCUUGGAAUCCCAUCAGCACUGGGGAGCUGCGAAGUGCCAAUCUUGGGAGUCUUGGGAUCUUUUGGCUACAUUUCCUGGUCAGAAAGAAUAGAUGGCGUCUACAGCGGAAAUGGGGAGCCUCUUCCAUUCCACGUGCCCCUUUGCUCGGCUUCGGUGGCUGACCCCAAUGCAUUUUGUGUGGCGGAUUGCGAAGGUAACCGAUCCUUUUCAUUGAACUCUGCGGUCAGUGUAGUAAUGCCUCCGACGGCACCCUUGCCUAUCGCCCGUGAAGCUCGGACCACUGCUGUGUGCUACUGUACUGGGCUGAACGGAUGUGACAUGGAGACAGGCCGAAGGAAUUUUUUCCAGCCGCUUGGGCUGGUGCAACUCUUCACUGCAUCAGUGAUGCCCAUUGGUGAGUUUGCAUGUGCAACUUCGUCCUCCGGAAUUUUGGCCUCCAUCCCCUUUGGCGCUUGUGUCUUUUGUCCAGCUGGAGGAUGUCCCUUUGAGGGAGCUUCCCGCAUUCUGUUCACGCGGCAGCCAGCCCCAUGGAAUGCCCAAGCAUUCCCAGCCUGGCAUCCGCAGCACCGUUGCCGCGAUGCUGUGCACGAAGCGUUUCUCUUGCCCGAAGCAUCCAUUGCAGCACUACUCGAUGGUGGGCCCCGAAGUGAUUUGAAACGCUUUCGCCCCACUGAGGGAUACACCCUCCCGAACUGGCCCACUUUUGUACCACGGGGAAAUUGGCUGGACAUUUGCUUCAACCCUGAUGUCAACAGUAAUGAAACCGAUUGGUUCAAGGUGGGCGAGGUGGCCGUCCUUGACGCCUCACUUGGUUCAUCAUCAACUGUGCCCAGCUAUAUUGGGUCGACUCCACCCAAACAGGUGGGUCAAGUCGGGCAGAUUUCCAUGUCCAGGUCACUUCUUCCAUAUCGAAAUCCCGAAAAUGUGGUGGGGCUGACCACAGGAGGAGGUAUCCGUUUGGCCGAAUUUGUGAUCACUGAGGAUAGCUCUACCAGAGAAGCCUGUGAAAAAAGUCGGCCCUUGCAAGUCACUGGUUUGACCCGCGCCAAUGCAUCGGAAUACUCUGGUACAGUUCGUGGAGAUGUGGUUGUCUUUGAUGGUGGCGUUCUUGGCAAGAGUAUCUCCUUUCCCACAGUGGGCACUGCAGUGGUUUGCUACUGUCCCAACUUGGGAGGUUUGGAUGAAUUUGGGGAACAGACGUGCCUGGGAAGUCCAUACUGGGUUCCUGUCGGUGCCAUCGUGAUCGCCGGGCCCUUGCCAAAUCAAUACUGGCUACUACCAACCUUGAAGACUUUCCGCUUCGAGUAUUUGGGACUGAACUUGGAGGAUGGUGACAUGCUCCGCCUGAUUCUGGAAAGUGGGAGUUGUACCGCUUUCACAGCACCGGAGCGCUUGUGCUUGCGAACCAAUGAAGAUCCACUGAAUGGACACCCUUUGUGUGAGAGUACUCUACUCACUGCGAAUACAGGGCUUAUGCAGACUACCACCUUGGCCGAUUCGCGGGUUCGUUGUGAUGAGCUGAACGAAAACUGUGGAUCUGUCCCUUUGCGAUCGGUGGAGACUACGUCCACUGGCCUAAGACUCACGUUCGCAGGAACCACAUCUUCUGGUGGUGGCUUAGGAGAACUUGGUCUCCGCACGGGGGAUACUAUCAUCCUGGGCGCGGGAGUGCAAUGUGGAGGCAACUGCUCGCAGCCGAUGCUGGACAUGGCCAAAGGCUUCCUUGGUUUCCAAGGCCUUGAGAGCUAUUUGCCCUUGGAUGAUGAUGCACCAAUCACUGCUGUCGACGUUGUGGGCUCUCGAAGCGGAACCUACACAGGCACCGUGCAGAGCAUUGCCGGAAAGUGGGGCAGCUACGGCACCAGGUUCAGCACUGGAGCCUCUCUCAGUUUGCCAGAUGGUGCACCUAUGGAAGUCUCGCAGGCUUGGAGCCUGGUGCUAUGGCUCCGCACUGAGAAAGCCGGAUGGUACACCAUUUGUGGUGUGGCAGAUGCGAACGGAGUCUUGGAAGAUGCCGAAGUUGAGAUAGGCCUGGCUACAGCUCCCUGGCUGGAUGGUGCUCCCUUUCUACACCAACAAAAUGGACCCGGUGCAGAUGCCCAGGCCAUGGCUGGUGGAGUGGUGACACCUGGAGAAUGGACGCAUGUGGCAGUGGUUUAUGGUGGCAGUAUGAGUGGCACUCUUCGCUUCUAUGUGGAUGGCAUCCUGUCCUACGAACGUCUCGGAGUGGCUUUGAAUAUGGCAUCCCUGCCCCUUCAGUGUGCUGGCCGUGUGUCAGCAUCACCACCUUCAGGUACAGCAUCGGAUGGAUAUCUGGACUUGGACGAGAUCAGGUGGUACAAUGUGCCUUUGACAUCAGAGGAUGUUGGAGCACUUUUCAAUGCGACUGAUGGGGGUGUGGCCGAUGCCCAGCAAGCUCCUGGAGCCCCUAUUGGAAUUGCAGUGGAAGCUACUGAUGAUCCUGCUGUCUUCAACGUCGCGACGGGAAGCUUUGCCACGGCGCCGGUUCCUCCAGAGUUCAAUGUCGAUGCCACUGGGGGUCAGUGGAGAAGGGGCAACCGAGGUGUCAUCCGUGGUGAACUGAUGUCCAGCUACGAACGACGCUUGAAAGUCUGCUGGGAGCGUGGAGGAAGAGCAGCAGACGCUGGGGUGGUGGAAUUUGUGGCCCAGAGCAGUAUGACGGAGCUGGGUAUUUGGCCAACGCAGCGGGAGUGGUCAAAGUCUUCUCCCUUCAUUCUCACCUUCAAGACAGGCAAGGCUGAUUCCCAAGGUCUUCGCUACACAAAGGCUGAGGGGCACAUGAGCCUCACAAUCACCUAUUUGAACCAGGCCGCGAUCCGCCACAUGGGCAGUAGUGCACAAGGGCCCUUCGUGAGCUCUUUCAACCUGGAAAGUGACGAGCGGCACGAGGCCAGCCAGAGUGUCUGUGGGAUCAUCUUCCGAGAACUGUGGAGCAGUGAUCCAGCGCGUGGCUUUCCACUGCCCUAUGGUUGCUUCUAUCGGAGCCUCACCACCGACAUGCGCGAGAUCACAGUGAUCUUCGAAAAGCGCAAUGGCCUCUCACCUGACACGAACCAAGGACAGUGGACCGGGGUCGCGAUGGCGGGCCACGACCACGAGCUGACAGAGCUCUUGGGCCUUUUGCAGGACCAGAAACCGGAAGUGAGACGACUUGCAGCAGAAGCCGUGCUAAGCCAAACGGAGGACACCGACUUCUUGGAUUUCUGCAAGCGCGAGCCACGGAAAUGCGCCCGGCCGCUGUUGCGCUUGGCGGAGAAGGCGGAGCUCGACAGCGCGGAGGCCGUGGCCAAAGGCGGAUACGGCGGCAGGGGCAGUUCGGAGAAAAGUGAGAAGAUUGCAGCAGCUCAAGCAAUGAGCACAUUGGCAGCGGGGGUUGCCUCCUUGAAGUCCUUGGUCAACCUGUCUGCAGUGCCCGCACUCGCAGAGGAGCUGGUGGCCCUGAAUGCCCCAAAGCGGCUGACCGAAGCCUUGCGCGCUGGCUGGUUGGAAGGUCGAGCGGAGAUGGCGCAUUGGUACGCCAUGCUGUUGGCCAACGUCUCCACCUCCAAAAAGGGUCAGGAGGCGCUCUGUGGCGAUGAAGGCAUGCUGAAGUUCCUGGUCGCAGCAUAUCUGACGAAGCCACGACUUCCGCCCCGAGAUGGCUACGAGGAUCCUCUGCUAUGGCUUGGGGCCAUCUUGGUGAAUGUCCUGGUCUUGCCAGAAGGUCGCAAACUCUUGGCAGCCAAAAGUCAGGAGUUGGAGAUGUUGUUCAGGGAGAUGUCGGAUCGGGCCCGUCGAGCUGAUAUGGUCAGUGCCGCGAAGAACGUGUGCUUAGACAUGGAAUGCCAUGAAGUCGUUACCGAGACCGACCUGAUGCUUCACAUGGCCAGGUUCCUUUGUCCAUGGGAGAAGAUGGAUGCGGAGUCGCGUGCUGCGCUUCCGGGUGCUCUCCGAGAAUCUCUGGAGAAGGAGGGUGCGACCCUCACAGGUGACUUGGCGGUACGUUCGGCUGCUGCUGCGUGCGGCAUGGGCCUUUGCCGUUCGCUCAAGGGACGUGAGUAUCUUCGCAGCUUUGUGCAGGUCUUUCGUUCGUGGAUGCAAGAGGAAACCGACGCCACCGUCAAGGAUCAGCUGGACGUGAUCAUGCCGGCUGUCCUGCUGUCUGAAGAUGAAUUGAAAGUUGAGCAGGAGAAGUUAGCGGAGCAAAACUCACAAGUGGCAAAACAUCCUGUGACACCAACAUUUUUAAAGAAGUGCUGCUCAGAGUUUCAUCCCCUGCGCCAGUUGUUCUUCAUCAGCUCCAAUGAUGACCAUGAAGGCUACAGAUACACAGCUCUGGAGGUGGGCCACGUCUUCAGUUCGCAGGACAUGCUGUAUCAACUUGGUGCCGGAAACAAUGACCCGCAGUUUGCACCUGAUAUCGGACUUGAUAUUGUUGGUGGUGAUGAGACCACCAAUUUGGUGACGCUGCAAGACGGAUCCACCCGGCUGCAACUGCAAAUGAUGGGCGGCCAGUAUUCCACGGCGAAGAUUUCACGAGGAAACUUGCUGAGCGUGUGGGUUGAGCCGUUGACUGCUUGGCAACUGCCAACCAGCUGCGGGGAUCAAACGGACUUGAGUGUGGCGGCUGGCAGUAUCCGCAUCCAUUGCUUUGUGAUCUUGGGCACCUUCCGGCGCUGUGGAGAAGUGGCGAGGUGUUCAGGGAAGCCGGUUGUUCCUUUCGCCACACAGGUCCCACAGAUUGAAAUUGAAAUGCCGCCCAACAUGAACGACCUCUUUGGACCGUUGAUCUACGAGAUGGACAUCUAUAGUUUCCGCCUUCCCGCACAGGGCGCGUUGCCGCACAGACUCAUGGUGCAGAUCAUGAAGGAUGAUGCAACGAAGCCACACUUCAGGGUGGCCACUGGACGCUUCUACAAUGCGCCCACUCGGGAGUUUGCAACGAUUGGCCGCGUGCUUACCAGCCCACAGAACGGCUUGGAGCCCUUCGAGGGUGUUCAAAGCCAUGUGCUCUAUGUGAUGUUGCAGAUGGCUGUGCCACUGCGUGGCUUUGACCGUACUCGGCCACCGCCGGACGUUCGACCCAAUUCCUACUUUGUCAUCCAAGCUCCGCCAGGAUUCCGGAUGCUGGAAGCAGUUCCAAUCGUCCACGAAGGUGCGGGCCUGGGCAAGGUGACUUUGUCACCUGAUGGUGAUGCAGCAUCCCGUCUCAACGACACGAUUCAGCCAGCGCCCACUGGCUUUGGUACGCCUGAUCUUGGUGGCUGGAGCUUUUUGGGAGGUGAAGCAACGUACAAGCUACUGGAUCGAAGCCUUAUCCCGGCGAUGACAUCCCUGGUGAUGGGCUUGCGGGUCUAUCCUGGCAACACGAGCUUGCCCAUCACAAAUACGCUGAAUCUCUGGUCCGUGCAGGUCUUUUCUCCAGGCGAUCACAAUGAGACUAUUGUGAAUUUCACUGCCAAAUUUUAUCGAACGGGUUUGGGAGGUGUCCCGGUACUUGGAAGGCUGCAAAACGCUUUGAUACAACCUGUGGAUCCCAUGGUGUCCCGGGACGUUCCUACCAUUCAGCCGUUGUCCAUCUUCUUCAAGGCUGUGGAAGACGUGCCUGCUGGCGGCUCCAUCGAUGUUGAGGCUUCCCGUGUCUUUGACUUCGGAGAGCAAUGUGGAGCAGUUGACCUGGAUGAUGGGUACUAUGUGACAGGCCCUGUCCCAGCAGUUCAUCGACUACCUCGCAUUGUCAGCUGCACCAGCUAUCGCGAUAGUGGUCAGACUGCUGGUCCGUACAACAUUGCCCGCAUCUUUGUGGAGGGACCGUUGAAAGGCAUCAACAUCUACGGCUUCUCCAUCUCUGUGCGAAAUCCCACGUUACAGGAGGUGUCACAGAUCCUGUCGAUGACUGACCCAUGGUCAGAUGUGGAUUGGAAUCUGACGACUCGUGGACCCGAAGGAUCCCCGGUCUGUGCCACCUAUGGUGGUGCCCCUGGAGCUCCGGAUGGGACUGGAUCCUGGCGCUUGGUGAACAAGUCGAUUCCUCCAAAGGCCUCCGUCAGUGAAGCCUUGGCCACAAACGGGCCGGCAGUAGCAGUGACCCUGACGAAUUGGCUGCCCUUUGCUUUGACCCAAGUGGCCUCACAUGCAACGAUGGUCUUUAUGUUGGAUGUCGACUUCUCUGGAUUCCUGGAGAUCUCAGCACCUGUCGGCUUCGAAUGGCUGUCAGCUCUGGUUACCUCCCAGCCUCAAGCGCCUUACAACGAAACCCAUAGCUUCGAAGACCUUCCGCAGGUGAGUCCAAGUUCGCAAGGUGCCAUGCUUCAGUUCAUCGAAGGGCAGUACCGUGCUGGUGUUCGCUAUGGAUUCCAGGCACCUCUUUAUGUGCCGGAUGUGGGUCCAGUGACGAGCUUGUCUGCGUUCUACAUUAGUCUCCUGGUGGCCAAUCCACUAGGUCCCGCACUUCCAGAGGGAAUCAGUUCAGUGGUCUUUGCAGAGCCCGUCCGCGCCAUCGUUGAUUCCAUGGCACGGUCAUCCAAUAAGCUGCCUGGAACGACUGCGGAACUCAUGCUGAAGCUACGGAUUGCCACUGCGGUGCCGGACCCAUCCUACCUUCAAAUCACCAUGCCGCCCGGGUAUGGUCCACUUCCCAGUGGAGAUUGUGGUAAGAGGCCCUGGCCUGGUCAGUUGGAUUUCAGUGGCAUGGAACCAUUGGAGAUGGCGACAUGUGGCUUCCAGCGAUCCGUUGGGGCAAUCAGCUACCUUGGCCAACAGUACGACGUCUUCCACAUCAUAAUUCGACCCACAAUGCCACUGAUGCCUGGGUUCCUCCAGUUUCGAAUGGAUAUCACGAAUCCUCCGGCCGAGCUUUCUGCCUUCUAUACCGAAAACGAGCCUGCACCAGGGGCACGAAUUUGUGGACCCGCAUGCUGGAGUUUUUCCACCAUGAUGUCAGAUGGAUUGCUCAUCGACGCUCCUCAGACCGUGCCCAGUGAGCCACCCCCUUCCGAGAUGGCAUUGGGAGAGAUUAUGGCCAUUUGGCCGGCUGGGCGAAAUGAUCGACCGAGCAAAAGCAGCCGGCUCAUCUUCCGCUUCAGCUUGGGCAUUGGUGGCCCCUUCAACACCGGGGACCCCAUGCCUGCCGGGCAGAUGGAGCUGGUGGGUCCUCCGGGGACGGUGAUCCCAACCCGUUGCUAUCACCUGGUGGAGACACGAGUGGUGAACCUUUUUGGAAGCAUCUUCAACGCCUCACAACUGGGAGUGGAUGUUUGGGAUCCAAACAGUCCAGUGACUGGAUGUGAAGGCAAUGGUGAAACGGCAUUGAUCUCCUUGUCUCCCGGUCUCAUCGCCUCCAAUACCUACGCGUUUCGCAUCGACAUCGUGAACCCUCCGAGUCAGACGAGUUCCAACUUCUGGACCAUGACUUUGUUGGAUCACUUCGCCAAACCCAUCCCAUCCUUCCCCCUGUGGGCCUUCCCCGAAAUCUCCGUGUCGACCUUCGCGCGGAACUCGGCGCCCUCCUGCUACCUGGGCGAUUGCGUGGGCGCCGGGGGCAUUGCCAUCCCGAUUCAGCUUCGAUUGCGGACGCAGAACACUGUGAAUACCGGAGGCGAGCUACGGAUCCUGGCUCCGCUGGAGUUUGGAUUCGACCCAGAUCCAGAUGCUCCAUUGAUUCAAGGCGACAAGCAGACCAGGUGUUUGAUCAACGAAUAUGAGAACUUUGAUCUCUCGUCCUUGCCCUACACCUGGCGAAUGGCCGAAAGAUAUUGCUUGAUCGCUGACAGAGGAAAUCCGCUGGAUGGAUCUGGAACAGGGGACACCAGGACUGUCCGUGUCAUCACGCGCUACCAGCAGAAUCCCUUUGACUUGCGACCACCCAAGACCUUCCACCCGAACGCCACCUUCGUGUUGUACUUCUGGAUGCAUCCACCCAAUACCUUUCGGCCAUCAGAGGCGUGGCACCUGGAAUCCUUCAGUCCCGGUGGGGAAGAGUUGGACAUUGGAACCGCCAUGGGAUGGGAGGUGAUUCGCGUGAUGAAUCUCUUUGCGCAUAGCAAUACAGGAGGGGUGAACCAAUAUACACAGACCAUCUCUCCAGCAGUGACACAAGGACUUGCCAUCAUCCCAAACUUUGUCAUCGAUUUUGUGCUGCCUGCCAACGGUUGGUUGGCAGACAAGUUGGUCCUGACAGCACCGAAGAACUUUGAGAUGCAGCUGCCUUUCAUGGAUGCCAAUGCGCCUGGCUCGUGCAUCGAUCGGACGCUGCUUCUGCCGCUGGGGGUCGCCGUCUUGGAGCCUGAAGCGACCCGUUCAGCCAUCUGCAUGGCCGAGGUCAGGGGAUUUGUGCCGACUGCUGUGGGUGGCCUCAAUGAUGGGCGAACAGCAGCAAAAGGCAUCAACAGCACUGUUGCUGUUUCCCCACAGCCCAAAAUGGUGGGCCGCCGGGGCCCGGGUGGGCCAGCUGAGUGGCGUGUGGGAAAGCUGCGACAUGCGGCGUUGCGCGGUGCCCAGGAGGUGUUGGAGGAUGAGUUGGCUGUGGGAUUGCAACCCAUCAGCCACCACUGUGCCUUACUGCUGGGUCAUGGUGCACGUCCCUGGGGCCCCGACAGUGGAGACUGGGAGACCAAGUGGUCGGAAUGGUGGUCGGCUGAAAUCCAGGAUGCGGUGGGUGGGCAGAUCCGUACUCUGCCUCUGGUGAUGUGUCAAGAACCGGUCCCAGUUCCCAAUGCCGUUGAGACCGCCAGCGGCUUCAAAGUGGUCCCCGCACCAGAGGAACUGGUUCGCCUGGAGGGCCACCAUUGGGCUACACAUUGGGCCAAAGGACGUGGCAGCGUUUACCGCCUGGAUCGCUUUGGCCGGCGCGGUGAAGGGGUUCUCGUCCCUGAGUUCUGUCGCCUGGAGGAGCCAAAGUCGAGGCUCCGCAUCCAGGUUGGCACAGAGACAACGGAAGUCUCUUGGCUUGCUGAAGGCCUACAUAAGUUGGCGGCAUCAGUGAAUCGGUGUAGAAAGAUCCCGGUGACAGAGCUGAUUCAACAUAUCCAGAGUUGCCAGAGCCUGACCCUGAUGGUCCCCGUGACCUGCUUGGCUUUCAAGACUCCGGCCUCGAUCAAAGAAUUCAGCCGCCGCGCAGCUCGACGCUUUCCCUUCUACAUCGACUCGAUUGAAAUGGGCGCUAGGUUGCAGAUCUCUGUAGUUCCACCGCUCAACACCCGCUCUGGGGAACCUGACUGCCUGGAUGUGGAGGAGUUGGAGCGGACGGUUGGUGCACAGUUUUUUCCGCUGAAUGACCUGAAGGGCCUGCUGUGCAUUCGGCGCUUCGGAGGACCUCCUCUGCAGAUCGCUUCGCUCGGAAAUCAGCUGAAGGACAUUUGUGAGUACUUGGCCGUGAGCUGGGUAGAUUCCCUCUUUGCCGCCCCAACGACCUGGGCGCGUCUCUUCGUCCGCGUAGAGCCUUGCGGCGCUUUGGAGGCAAGUUUGGGCCAUCUCCCUGGCCGUGGACAUUUCACUAAAGAAAUCUAUGCUCAGCACUGCGGUUGUGGUGAAGCAGCCGUCGGCUCCGAAGUCUUAGAGGAGACCAUGGAAACUAUUCCAGUCUGCCGAGACUGCGGGGCCUUCGUUCCUGGCUCAGAGGGUUUCUUCUCCAAGAAGGGCCUUGCGCAGCACAUGUCACGACCACCGGAGGAACUGAUUGGAUCCUUCGACAGUCAGUUGGAUGACACCUUGCAAGGUGCAGAUGGCAAUGACAUGAUCAGCUGGGCGGACGCCACGGUGCCAGAGGAUUGCGCCGUAUUGGCCGCAGGGGGCAUGCUUUCUUUGAAGCCACCCAAGCGUGGUUGGCCGGAAGAAGUGAGAGCCGAGCUCCAUAGACAGCUUCAGAUGAUCAUUGGCUGCCCAGGAGAUUCCUUACACAUCACCAUGACCUCCACUGAGGCGGAUACUCCCAAUUUGAUGGUGACAUUUGUGAUGAUCCACCCAGCAGUUCUUCAAGCAGGUCGAGCGAGGAUGGAGUUGGGCAAUGCGGAUCCCAAGGUCCCAUUGCUGUGGUACCAGAAUCUGGCAAAACAGCUGAAACGGCUGGCAGAGAAUCAAGCCGUGAGGAGUCAAUGGACCAAAACCGUGGAGGAUCGAGCCGUUCCAUUGCUGUUUAUCAGUGAUACCCAGCGGGUGGUCUUGCCCUGCAGCCUCUUCUUGCUGAAGAAUGAAAAGCUUUGGCCGAAACUUGAAGCUGAAAGGGAGGGCUCAAGGAGGGCAUCGUCCAUUCCAGGUGAGGUGGGUCUGUGCAUUGACCUCAUCCGCGAACGCAUGGCGCCCAAAGAUGGUAUUGAAAGGGGAAGAAGACAAAGCCUGGACGUGCAACGUCGAAAGUCGGUGCAACAGCGCCGUGCCACAGUGGCCGAGCUCUGUGGAACGGAGGGAAUGAAAAUCCAAGAGGUGGACCUGUCGCUCCUGCGAAAACUCUCGGAAGAUGCCAACCGACGGCACUCACUUGCGCAGGAUGCUGCGGACAAGGCCCAGCGUGCCGCAGCCUUCGAGGCCCACGCCGAUGCUGCCGACGCGGCCGACGCGGCCAGUUCCAGCGCGGCGUCCUCCGCGUCGUCGGCCUCCGAGGCCUCCGAGGUAAAAGACAGCCAAGGAUUGAGUGCAGAGCCGGCCACCGAUCCAGAAACAGCAGCGAUUUCCGAGCUGGAGCCAAUUGCUGGUCCUGCCCCAGAGGCCGAGCCUGAGCCUUCACCAGCGAUCAUCACAGCAGAUCCAGAUCCCGCGCCACAAGCGCCAAAAGCUGUACAAAUUCUUCAGGAUCCAGUGGUUUCGGCAGUCUUGAGGUUUAAACCUUCUCUGGAACAAUUAGCUCUCAGACUGCGCGAUUUGGUGUCUCAGGCUGCGUGUGAAGGGCAAGCCCAGCGGGUGGAGAACCUGCUGACCCGAUGGGGUGGGCCAGAUCAAGCAUUUGCCAUCGCGGGUCGGAGCUCGGAUUUUGGCGGACAAAGCUCUUUGGACCUCUCCGUGAAGGCUUGCAACUACCACGUGACGCAUGUCCUCUUGAAGCACUUGCCAACCGCAUCCACUGAUGAACUGGUAAGCAUCUUGAAUGGGCACAACCCGGUCACUGGCCACAGCCUUCUUUAUGCAGCUGUGCGCUACUCCAAUAGGCACACAGCUUUCGUAGUGCAAGAAUUGAUUCGGAGAAGAGCAGACGUCAAUGGACCUGGAAGUACUCCAUCCACAACCAGCGAACGGGCGCUCGUGCAUUGCGUCCGGCGGGCAGACAUAGCUUUGAUUCAAACGCUACUUGACCAUAGUGCUUUUGUCAACGUUGUGGCUGACGACGGCAAGACGUUGCUACAGACUGCCGUUGGCCGCGGUGACGCAUCAAUCUUAGGCUGUCUGCUUAGCAACCGCUGCAACGUGAACAUGUUGGAUCGGUUUCAGCGAUCGGCGCUGGUCAGUGCCUUGCGGCAGGAUAGACAUCCUUUUGUUUUAGUUCAGAUGCUGCUGGAUGCCUCCUGCAGUGCCUGCUCUGUGGAUGUGGAUGGUAUGCAGCCAUUAGCCCAUGCUGUUGGCCUGCAGGAUCCCCAUAUUUAUCGAUCGCUUUUGCUUGGACGAGCAGAUCCCAAUGCUGUUGCAGUACCUGUAACUGACAAGCAGACGUACAUGUUGCAUUUCGCCGCCAAAGCGCGGGAUGAGGUCAUGGUUGCAUGCCUACUGGAAGCUGAAGCAGAUCCAAAUCUAAAGGCGAAAAAUGACCGAACAGUCCUUCAUUUGGCUGUUGGUCUUCAGCUAUCAGAAGAGAUUGUGAGCUUGAUCUUGGAAAAACGAGCCGAUCCCAAUGCCAGUGCUGGCCUGCGUGCUGGAGGUGAGACCCCUCUGCGCAUGGCCGUUCUGGCUGACAACCCAUCUGUAAAGCUCUUGCUGUGUGCCAGAGCUGAUCCGAACAUCUGCAACCAGGCAGGAUGUUCAGCUUUGUUCGCUGCCAGCCUUCCAGGAAUGGGUUCUGCAGCACAGACCUUGCUGUUUGGUGACACCAGGGUCCCCUCGACGACCCCCGCACCCUGGCGCUCGCAGCGUGGCAGCCGCCAGUCUGGUGGGAUGGACGUGACCCAUCCCAUGCACAUGGCGUCGACGUGGAGUAAGGCGCGAUGGAGACCCAGAGUGGGGCGACCUACCUUGAUCCAAACCCAGGAAGUGACUGACUUUGACCCUCUGUUUCCUUUCAACCUGCCGCCGAUUAGCAAGAAGUUUCGUGAGACGAGGUAG